UAGAAUGCGCCAGGGCGGCAAGUUUCUAUUGAUAGGGAGUUCGUCGGCUCCUUCCUCUUCUUUACUUCCGCGGUCGAUUUCUCUGUGAGUUUUCCGGUCUCCCAGUGCCUCGCCGAUCUCUUCUUCCCUUCUUUUCGUUAUCAAGAUCUGGUUUUUACUUCAUUUCUCGGCUUGAUUCGGUUUCCCGUGUUGCGAUCAGGGUUAGGGUUCGUUUCUGCUAGAUGUGGUUCGAGGUGAGAUUCAGGGUUAGGGUUUCACGGGAGAAUCCAUUGGAUCAACGGCCAAUUUGGAUUUGUUGCUCAUAUCGACGAGAAUUGAGUAGUUGUUGCUUAGAAUCCCAUGAGACGGCGACCGCCUUCAUCCAGUCACCACGAGGAGAUGAAGACCAAUGGCAAGCACCCACCGUCCCGGCUCUGCUUCUUAGCCACACUAUCUGCCGUGUUCUGGGUCUUGAUCUUCUACUUCCAUUUCGCCGUGCUCAGUAAUAAUCCCAUAAAUCCGGCGUCGUCCAAUGCCCAACAUUUCUCUAAGGACAACCUUCCAUCUGAGCCACUUGUUAUGCCACAUUCCGAGCUGCCUGAGACCGAUUCAGCACCCAAAAAUUUCCCCUUUACCCGGGCCCUCAGGACCCUGGAGAACAAGAGCGACCCUUGUGGUGGGAGGUACAUCUAUGUCCAUGACCUCCCUUCCAGGUUCAACGAUGACAUGCUUAAAGAUUGCAGAAAGCUCAGCCUUUGGACCAACAUGUGCAAGUUCAUGACCAAUGCCGGAAUGGGCCCGCCCCUUGAGAAUGUCAACGGAGUCUUCUCGAACACUGGGUGGUACGCCACCAACCAAUUCGCUGUGGAUGUGAUCUUCAGCAACCGAAUGAAGCAGUACGAGUGCUUAACCAAAGAUUCCUCCAUUGCAGCUGCUGUCUUUGUGCCUUUCUAUGCUGGUUUCGACAUAGCACGGUAUCUUUGGGGUUAUAACAUAUCAGUCAGGGAUGCUGCCUCUCUUGAUCUGGUGGAUUGGCUCAUGAAGAGGCCAGAGUGGAGUGUGAUGGGUGGGAGGGACCACUUCUUGGUGGCUGGGAGGAUCACAUGGGAUUUUAGGAGACUGACAGAUUCUGAAUCAGAUUGGGGGAAUAAGCUUCUCUUCUUACCGGCUGCCAAGAACAUGUCUAUGCUGGUCGUGGAGUCGAGCCCAUGGAAUGCAAAUGAUUUUGGGAUACCAUAUCCUACCUAUUUUCACCCAGCUAAGGAUGCUGACGUUUUUGUUUGGCAGGAUCGGAUGAGGAAGUUGGAGCGGAAGUUUCUUUUCUCCUUUGCAGGGGCACCACGCCUUGAUAACCCAAAAUCAAUCAGAGGACAGAUUAUUGACCAGUGCAAGAAAUCUAAGGUUUGUAAAUUGUUGGAAUGUGAUUUCGGGGAGAGCAAGUGCCACUCUCCAAGCAGCAUAAUGCAGAUGUUCCAGAGCUCUUUGUUCUGCUUGCAGCCUCAGGGGGAUUCUUAUACAAGGAGAUCAGCUUUUGACUCAAUGUUGGCCGGUUGCAUCCCUGUUUUCUUCCAUCCUGGCUCAGCUUAUACCCAAUACACUUGGCAUCUUCCGAGAAAUUAUUCAAGGUAUUCAGUCUUCAUCCCAGAAGAUGAUAUUCGCAAGAGGAAUGUUAGCAUUGAAGAAAGAUUGAAGCAAAUUCCUCUAGAUGUUGUGAAGGAUAUGAGAGAGGAGGUCAUAAAUCUCAUACCUAGGCUCAUAUAUGCAGAUCCUAGGUCAAAAUUGGAGACUCUUAAGGAUUCCUUUGAUGUGGCUGUACAGGCGAUUAUCGACAAAGUGACAAAAUUGAGGAGGGAUAUAAUUGAGGGUCAUGAAGAUGAGGACUUCAUCGAGGAGAACAGUUGGAAGUAUGCUUUGCUGGAGGAAGGUCAGCGGACAGUUGGACCACAUGAAUGGGAUCCAUUCUUUUCCAAACCUAAGGAUGGUGGUGGAGAUUCUGGUAGUUCAUCUGCUGAAGCUGCUAAAAAAUCAUGGAAGAAUGAGCAAAGGAGUCAAUCUUGACCAAUUUGCUAGGUUUAAUCAGCUAAAAGGGCUAAGAGAUCAUGUGAUCCAUCAUCAAAAUCUACUUCAGUGUAGGCACAUGACUGAGAUCAAAGUGGAGGUUCGCGGAAGUACAAGUUCUGAUUAUGACCAUGUUUAGCAUAUUUGAUGAAUUGUCUAAAUUUUGAAAGAAAUCAUGCCUACAACAAUAUUUGGGAUUAAGUGGUAGGCACCUGAUGUUCUUUAUAUGUAUCUCUUUUUUUCUUAUAGUUUAGGAAUUAUAUCCAUUAUCGACAUUUGCUUAAUAAUUCUGUAUAACUGUUAUUUUACAUGUUUUACAAAGAUAGAAAUACUGUUAUCAUA